GCCUCUUUAUCUACUCGUAGUUUAGUAGUUGAAGCAUUAAUAUUGGAUUGGUUCUGAAAGGGAACCACUACAACUCAGCGUUCUAUAGGCUAUGGUAGGCUACUUUCUCAACAAAUAUAUCAAUCAUAGCCAGGCGGAGAAAUACAUUUUAAAGUAUGUUUUUUCUUUGUGAAAAAGGCAAGAGGCGGAUUUUCAGUACUCCCAAAACUAGAUACUGAAAAAAACUGAAAUCGUUUUUAUUCCCUAUUCCGUUUUAUUGAAAAACGUAGUGGACGAGGAAUAAUCUAGAACCCUCAUUAAUCUAUAUAUAUAUAUACUUUUGUGUGGGAGAGCGAGAAAGGUGCAAGAAUUGGACAUUGAGUAUUUCACUAUGGAAGAAAAUUAUAAUGGCAAUAGAGAGCAUCAAGAUUCGGGCGAAGAGUCCAACAGAGCUAUUCUUCCUCUUCUCCAAGCACCUGGGAACCAGCAACCGCACCGGACCACCAACUUUUAUAUUGAUAAUAUUUUACGACCAGACUUUGGACGGAGGAAAGAUGGGACUUUUCAUUAUGAUGAGAAUCCCCUCAAUGGACGAGAGAAUAGUCCUGUCCUUCCCCAAAAAUCUGGGCAUUUAGGUGGGACGGUGUCAGGGGAAGGAACUUCGAAUUCUCGUUCAGUCAGUGAGCCCAAAAAAGCAGAUAUUGUUGCAGAUACGCUUCUCAAGCCCGGAGGAGAAAUUGGAGAUCAGUGCCUGAGCUCCGACUCGGAAAGUUCUCAAGCCAAUUCUGCACCUUCGUCGAAACCUAUGCUCUGGCCAGCCUGGGUGUAUUGUACAAGAUAUUCGGACCGACCAUCAUCAGGGCCAAGAUCUCGAAAACCAAAGAAGUCGACCACCGCCACGACAACAACGACGAUGACACCAAGCAAGGAUGACAAGCGUCCGAGAACGGCCUUCACAGCAGAACAGCUCCAGAGACUAAAAACGGAGUUUCAGACUAAUCGGUACCUGACCGAACAGAGAAGACAAAGUCUGGCACAAGAACUCGGCCUCAACGAAUCUCAAAUUAAAAUCUGGUUUCAAAACAAGAGGGCCAAAAUAAAGAAGGCUACCGGAAAUAAAAACUCUUUAGCCUUGCACCUAAUGGCACAGGGACUUUACAAUCAUGCCACAUCAUCUAAGGAUGAAAAAUCAGACAGCGAUUGAAGAAAAAUAUACAAUGCAAUAAAUAACUUUAAAGGGCCAGUGUACAUAAUACCAGCAAAUAUUUAAACAUGAAUGAGACAGGAUUUUGCUAUAUUCAGCCUAUAUACAGUAUAUAGGGGCUAAACCAUUUUGUGUUAUAACACUUUGCCAUUUACUCCCUGGAACUUUAGAAUGCUUCAUCAUCAUUAAAGUGUUUUUUUUGUUUAGUUUUUUUAUUGGUAGGCCUACUUGACUUUGUGGACACAUUUAACCGAAAUAAUGCUGAAGUCCAAAGAUUUUUUUCUGCUGCAUUUUGCAAACUGUGAAUUUAAAUAGCCUAAAUUGUGUUCAUCUAUGAUUUUACAUUUUUUAUCACACUGUUUCGUUGUAUUUUUAUGUUUAUGUUGAAAAUAUGUUUUCUGAGGGUUCCUUUGUUUUGUUUAAAAAUACAGCCUUUCUGAGUUGAUAUGGAGGGAACCAUACGCAUUGAAUUAUGCAUUUUUAUAUUCGAAUUAAAGUUCUGCCUUAACUAGGCUAUAGUUAUCUCGUGAGCAUUACAUAUUAAUUAUUUCAUCAAAAUAAUUCAGCUUUGGGUAGGCCUAGACUACAUGUAGGCUAUUGAUAUGAGACUGAGAUUUGAUCAAAAUAACUAAUAUAUUCAAUAGGCCUAUAAGUUAUAGAAAUGAGUUGAGGCAUAAAAGUAAUGUAGCCUAACUUAACUUUCACUAAAAGGACCUCUGUUGAAAUAGAUAGCAUAUGGUAAGAAAAACAAAACAGUAUUUUAUAAACCUAAAUAUUUGUCUGGUAUGCAAGCGCAUAACACCAACUUUCUUGCAAGUCUUCCAUUGGUUAACAAUUUUAUGAUGCACCCCUAAGUUCAAGUCAUGUGCGCUUAGCUCCUAUCCAAGGGGUUUUAAAAUUGGGAGGAGUUGUGGAUGUCAACAAUUGGAAAUGAACGGAUAUCCAUUUGAAAUGACCAUGGAAAUGAAACCGUUUUGGGUCAGUUCCACUACCAACAAAAUCCAAUUUAACCCCGGCUCAAAUCAGGAUUUCAGUGCCAAGUGAGGCCUACGGACUAUAUGUCUUCAUUUCAAUCAUUAUAAUCUCAUGAAAAACUUCAGGGAUGAAGUAACGUCAAUGGGCGGCAUAUAUUAGGUUUACUUCACAAAUAAUGUAGGCUAUAGGUGCGGUAAAGAGGUCAAUCGAACUCGACCAAAACACUGGAAUUGCCAUGAAAAUGCGUGGGGGGAAGGGCCGUGGGGGAAAGAUCCCGAGUCUCCUCAUUUCCCCCCAGCAAAAUUAGCCCACAUUUAGGCUAUUGUUUAUAUGUGUAUUUCACACUAUGUUGAGGUAAAACUCGGGAGUAUAAUGCUUGUAUGGAUGUCAACCCCAACACAUGUUCAUGUCAUCGUUACCAAUCAAUUACAUUACAGUUAAAAACGAAUUUGACUACCACCACCGAUUUCUGUACGCUAUCUAUGCUAACCAGUUUAUACGAACAGGAGUUAGCAUUUAGAAGUCACUUCUUCUAAACAUGAAACUUCUACAUGUUAUGCAGCGAAAACAGCCAAAUAUAUCAAAAUCGGACUUAAGUA